GUGGAGGAAACUCUUUCCCUUUAUGCAUGAUCCGCAUCCAUGGGUUGAAGGACGAGCUGAGACAACAAGCGAAGUCUUGAAGUCUAUUAUGGCCAUUUAUCUUUUCCGGAAGAAGAUUGCUGACCUGAGACGUUGUGAGAGCAAUCCUGCAGAUUUUUUCCACAAUUUGUAUCAGCCAGAAAAAGAUGCAAAUGGUGAGGUAGUCCACUAUCGGGAAGAUCACAAUCAUCUUCUCAAACGCAUCAUUACUCGUCUUCGUGAAGGUUACAUCCCAGGUCUCGAUUUACGAUCCUUGCGAGAUGCAUUACAUGACGCAUCAACUGGGUUGACCUAUGAAGCCCUUACAGGGAAGAACAAACAGUCAGUGCCUGAUUGUGAACGCCUCAUCAAUCCUGGUGUGAUUGCAUUUCUCGAACGGAAAGGUGAUGUGAGUGGUGCCCAUGUCAUUAAGCGUAUCCAUAACUGGCAUAAGGCAGUUGAUGGGAGAGGGCUCUCUGAGCAUCAAAGGUCAGCAUUCUGCCAAGAUAUGAAGGAGUGGCUUUUAGCAGAUUGGAUGUCAUGGUUUCGUACCAUACCAGAUUACAGCACUAUUGAUGUGAACAGGUAAUAUGAUGUGAGUGUACAUUUACAAGAAAAAUGGUUUGAAGACAAGCUGUUUAUUUAACUCUUUCUUAGGGAAAUUAUUCUUAAAGCAACAUAUAUCUAUGUGCUAUUGAUGUCCAGUUUUUUCCUUGGUUCAAAUUUUAUUUUCCUUUUUUUUUUUCUUGUAUGGUAGUUAUCUCUUAUUACUUAGCAGGAGGUCUGUAUGGGAGAAUCUUGACCAAAAUUGUGAGUACAGUUCGACCAC